CCUCCACUCCAUACUCCAUGCUCCAUAUUUGAACCUCCCCUCUCUCUAUUUGUUUCACUCGUUCAUCAUAAAAAUCUUUUGAAACCAAUGGUUUAUUCAUAUGCUGUUCUUGAAAAGGUUGGAAUCAGCUAAGUAGCUAAAACUCGAUUUUUCCCACAUAUCAGCUACGAAUGGCAACUCUCAAUCUUGUGAUCAGACUAGCCAUCUUCCCUUCUCUUCUCCUAGCCUUCCUUACUACUACUGCUACGUUGAGUCAUGCAUCACAUAAUUUGUUUCUCAGAAGGCAGGCGUCAGUUCUUGUUUCUGUCAAACAAAAGUUCCAGACUUCAAGCCCUUCUCUGGAUAGUUGGAAUAUGUCAAACUACAUGUUCCUCUGUAUGUGGAAUGGCAUCACAUGUGAUGAAAAUAGAUUAGUAGUUUCAUUAGACAUAUCCAAUUUAAACCUCUCAGGCUCUCUCUCACCUGCAAUAACUGAACUUCGAUCCCUCAUAAACAUUUCAGUUGCUGGCAACAGCUUCUUUGGAGUUUUCUUGCCCGAAAUUCACAAAUUUGAAAAUCUGCGAAUUCUCAAUCUUUCCAACAAUGUUUUUAGUGGAAAUUUGAGCUGGGAAUUUUCCCACUUGCAGGAACUUGAAGUUCUGGAUGGGUAUAACAACAACUUCUCAGGUCCACUUCCAUUUGGUAUUUCUCAACUUCAGAAGCUGCAGUACUUGAACUUGGGUGGAAAUUACUUUUCAGGGCAAAUACCAGCUAGCUAUGGAGGCCUAAACCAGCUCAAUUUUCUAUCCCUGGCAGGGAAUGAUUUGAGUGGUUUUAUUCCUGGUGAAUUUGGUAAUCUUACCAGUCUACAGUGGCUCUACUUGGGAUAUUUCAAUACGUUUGAUGGGGGAAUUCCGUCAGAGCUUGGCAAGCUGAUCAACUUAGUCCAUUUGGAUCUUGCAAAUUGUGGCUUGGUGGGUCCAAUUCCAGCAGAAUUAGGCCAUCUGAAAAUGUUGGACACUCUUUUCUUGCAAACCAAUCAGCUUAGUGGUUCAAUUCCUCAUCAGCUUGGGAAUUUAGCUAGCUUGAAAUCUCUUGAUCUUUCAAAUAAUGUUCUCACAGGAGAGAUUCCAGCUGAGCUUUCCCCACUACAAGAGCUCACCCUCUUGAACUUAUUCAUGAACAGACUUCAUGGUGAAAUACCUCAGUUCGUUGAAGAGUUGCCUCAGUUGGAAGUGUUGAAACUUUGGCAAAAUAACUUCACAGGAUCUAUUCCUCAAAAGCUGGGACAGAGUGGUAAGCUAAUUGAACUUGACUUUUCAACUAACAAGCUCACAGGAUUGGUACCAAGUACUCUGUGCUCUGGUAGGAGGUUGAGAAUCUUAAUUUUGCUCAACAAUUUUCUUCUUGGUCCUUUACCUGAUGAUCUUGGCCGUUGCAAAUCACUUUCUAGAGUCAGGCUGGGGCAAAAUUUUUUGAGUGGGUCAAUCCCACGUGGAUUUCUUUACUUGCCUGAUCUAUCACUAAUGGAACUGCAGAACAAUCUACUUGCUGGACAACUUGAAGAAACGAAUACCCAGGUGUCUACAAAACUUGAGGGCCUCAACCUAUCCAACAAUCGGUUAUCUGGCCCUCUUCCCACAUCCAUUGGAAAAUUCUCUGGUCUGAAGAUUCUUCUUCUAAACGGUAACCAUUUCUCAGGCAAUAUACCGUCCGAAAUUGGGAGUCUUGGUAACAUGUUGAGGUUAGACAUGAGUAAAAACAACUUCUCUGGCAACAUUCCACCAGAAAUUGGUAAAUGUCUCUCUCUCACUUACUUAGACCUGAGCCAAAAUCAACUUUCAGGUCCGAUUCCUGUUCAAAUUGCUCAAAUUCAUAUCUUGAAUUACUUCAACAUCUCCUGGAACCAUUUGAGCCAGAAACUUCCGAAGGAAAUUGGUUCCAUCAAAAGCCUGACUUCUGCUGACUUUUCCCACAAUAACUUUAGUGGUUCAAUACCUGAAACUGGACAAUAUUCAGUUUUCAACUCCACCGCUUAUGUUGACAAUCCUGAUCUUUGUGGAUCCUACUCGAAUCCUUGCAACUAUUCUACCGCUGCAGAGUUAGCGCACAACUACCAAGGUGAUGGCAAAUCAAAGGUCCCAGCCAAGUACAAGCUCAUAUUCGCAUUGGGACUCCUAGUUUGUUCGCUAAUUUUUGCUGUUCUGGCAAUAAUUAAGACCAGAAAUGCAAGAAAACACUCAAAGUCCUGGAAGCUGACAGCAUUUCAAAAGCUAGAAUUUGGAAGCGAGGACAUAUUAGAGUGCUUGAAAGAGCACAAUAUCAUUGGCAGAGGUGGAGCAGGGAUAGUGUAUAAAGGUACAAUGCCAAAUGGAGAGGAAGUAGCAGUGAAAAGGUUGGGAAUAAGCAAAGGGUCUCAUGAUCAUGGCCUAUCGGCAGAAAUUCAAACACUGGGGAGGAUCAGACAUCGUUACAUCGUCCGGUUGCUGGCAUUUUGUUCGAAUAAAGAGACAAACUUGCUUGUCUAUGAAUAUAUGCCAAAUGGAAGCUUAGGUGAAGUUCUUCAUGGAAAGACUGGAAUAUAUCUGCAGUGGGAUACGAGGCUAAAAAUAGCUAUGGAAGCUGCGAAAGGCCUUUGUUACCUACACCAUGAUUGUUCCCCUCUAAUUAUUCACCGUGAUGUGAAGUCCAACAACAUCCUGCUUAAUUCUAAUUUUGAGGCUCAUGUAGCAGAUUUUGGUCUAGCAAAGUUCUUGCAAGAUAAUGGAACAUCAGAGUCCAUGUCUGCAAUUGCAGGCUCCUACGGCUACAUUGCUCCAGAGUAUGCUUACACCUUGAAAGUUGAUGAAAAGAGUGAUGUUUAUAGCUUUGGAGUGGUACUUUUGGAGCUUAUAACAGGUAGAAGGCCCGUUGGCAACUUUGGCGAAGAAGGUUUAGAUAUCGUUCAGUGGGCAAAUAUUCAGACAAAUUGGAGCAAAGAAGGGGUGGUGAAGAUCCUAGAUGAAAGGCUUAAAAAUGUUCCCCUUAAUGAAGCAAUGCAGGUCUUCUUUGUUGCAAUGCUGUGUGUUCAAGAACAUAGCAUUGAGCGGCCGACCAUGCGAGAACUAGUCCAAAUGCUUGCUCAGGCUAAACAACCUAACACAUUUCACAUGCAAUGAUUUUGUUUAAGCAAAGUGGGAUCAUCUUAAAUUCACAAUAAUAGUAGCAAGCAAGCAUUAAAAUGCUGUAAUUUUUCUCAUGCAAUCUUGUUCCUAGGCCGAUCAAUGGAGUUAGUUGUAGCAUGUGAAAUCGUGAAUUGAAGCAAGAUCUGCUCUGCUGGUUGCAGAUUUGAAGGGGUAAUAUUGGUUAUUUGUAGAGAUGUAAACAGUGAAAGUGAAGCUGAUGGCAAGACUGAAAUUCAGACUACAUCAUUGAGUUAUGAUUUUUAUGGUCAGAAGAGAAAAAUGAUGUGAGAGUGAGAGGUCAAGUUUUCUUAGUUUCUGAAAUUUGUCCAUUGUUGUACUUUUUCUAUAAACCACCACCACUUUGGACGCACUUAGCUUGUUCAAUAGCAGCAGUCAGAAAAAACCUUAGAAAUAGAGCAUCUGUACUAAAUCUUUGCAUCCUUCCCAUAAAAUGCUGCACUAAAUCUGCCCCUUGUGCAGCUUGUAUUAUGCACCAUAACUUUAUAAGCACUUUUCUUGGAAACUA